CAACAGAUUACAUAGUUCAGAAAUUCGUUCGCUGUAAGCAGGAAAACGGCUUCUACACAGUGUCAGCUUUCGACGUUGCUUUUGAUGCAUCUACGUCACGUUAGUGCAAUACGUACGCGCGCGUUAGACUGCUAAUAUCCGUAGAAUAUUCACCGACGGAAACGAAAACAGGAAAGAUGAAGGUUAUAGUAGCGCUGCUACUAACAACCUUCUUGUGUGAAGUGCUGUCCACGGACAAUAAUGGGUCUCCUAAUGCAACACAAGCAUCAUUUAUUAUCAAAAACGGUCAUGUGGACGUAACCACAGAAGAGCCGACGACAUCAAAAACUACAUCGACGACGGGAUAUACCACUGUAAUUGUAGCAAAUUUACAUUCAAAUAAAACAUCCUCGCCUGUCGAUGAAAGGGUAACAUCAAAAUCGAAAUUGGACGAUGAUUUUCUGCUUUUGAAACCUCUUUUAAACCCUAAGGACAUGCUCUUGCAAGAAAUUCAUACUUUGGACGAAGAAGCUUCUAAUGCUAAGAUGCAGGCUGAAGUAGCGCAAACGCUUAAAGCGGAAGCUAAAAGAAUUAAGACAUCAGAACCGGUGACAGCAAAACUUUCAACCGGGAAACUCGACUUCGUCAGCACGACGGAGGAUAGCACUAUAAAGAAGUUGCUCACAGCCGACGAUGCCCCUUACGUGAGUGAUUUAAGCGAAAACGAAGAAGACGAGAGCGAUGACGAUUACGACGACGAGGAUGAAGACGACGACGAGAACGACGAGGAACCUGAGGACGAUGAACAAGUGAUGACACAGUGUCCUGAUUACUGCAGAUGCGCUGGAGAAUAUGCAGCUGCAACGACUGCAACAUGCACCAAACUUGUGAAUGAGCAAUCCUUUGGCACUGGUAUCGCACGUUUACGUAUAGAAAAUGCCGGACAAAUUACUCUCGGCCCUCACGCAUUUCAAUCACGAGGUCUUCAACAAUUGGAAUUCAUUACGAUCACUGACACAAGAAUCGUCGAGCUGAAUCAAACUGCUUUCGACGACAUUCCGUAUUUGUUCUUCGUUAAUUUAACACGCAAUGACCUUCAAGAAAUUCAUCCGAAUACCUUCCAAAGUAACAAGCAGUUGUCUCUGCUGGCUAUCUCUGGAAACCCACUGAAACAUUCACAAGAUGCUAAAUCAUCGAAACACGGUCUAUUCGAUGCUCCCUCAGUUACUGAAUUUGAUUUCUCGUUCAACGGUCUGACAAAACUGAAACGCACUGCAUUCUCAAAAAUGCCGAGUCUUACUCACAUCAAUUUAAGAGGAAACAAAUUGAAAGAAAUUGAUAGUUUGACUUUCAGCACGUUAGACUCUCUUGUGGAAGUUGAUCUUUCGAAUAAUUUGUUGAGCGACGUUCCUGCCGAUUUGUUUUACAACAGCGGACUUCAAACGCUUAGAAUUGCCGGAAAUAAUUUGUCAGUUUUGAAUACUCUGAAAGCAGAAAAAUUAAGACUAUUAGACGCAUCGAAUAACAAAAUCAAAAUAAUAACAAAAGAUGAUCUUUCCGACGUGCCUCUAUUGGAUCAAUUGAUAAUUAGUUCGAAUGGUUUGAAAAGAAUUCAUCAACACGCUUUCGAUAACCUGAAUCAGCUUACUCAUUUGGAUAUUAGUAACAACAAGUUGACAUCCUGGACAGAACAUCAUUUGAGAAGCAAUUCAAGACUGCAAGUUUUAUUAAUGAGCGACAACCCUGAAUUAGAAACCCUGCCAGUGUUUAAGACUUACGGUCUUGAGUACGAUACUUACAGCGUAUAUCGAUUUGACUGUGCAAACUGUGGCCUCUAUUACCUCGAAGAAACAACCUUCCAUGCUAUGCCGGCAAUAACGCGAUUGAAUUUGUCCAGAAACCGCUUGACCGGUUUACCAGACGGUCUUCUAAGUCGUCUUUCAUCUUUGAGAGUUCUCGAUCUUUCCGAUAACACAAUCAGUUCUUUGGAUAAUAAUAUGUUCCGUGGUGCUGUUAGUUUAACUAAGAUCAGUCUUGCGGGUAAUCCUUUGGUUACAUUACAAGUGACACCGUUCCUGAGUGCUCCUGGCCUUGCCAGACUCGACGUGAGCAGAUGUGCCUUGGAAAGAGUGUGGAGCGAAGCAAGAAUUCCGCUGACUAAUCUUCGAUUCCUGUCAGUUCGCGAAAAUCUUCUGCGUCGAAUCACUGUUGAGGAAUUGAAAGCAACGCCGAGAAUCGUUAGUUUGGAUUUAGCGCGUAAUCCUCUUGAUUGCGAUGACGAGUUUAAUGAGGCUGUACAAUGGCUUACUGAUCAUGGUGUAACACCAGUCGAAACUUCAAGAUAUAUUAGUAACUAUGGUAACGGAGAUAAUUAUCAGGAUUCUGAAGGUAUUAGUCAAUGGACCGAUUUAGCUAAAGUAGUCUGUGAUGGUAUUAGCGACGGCCCGCCAGACAGAGUAUUACCACACAAGGAAAAGAAAGUAAAGAUCAUCCUUGAAGAACUUGAUACGUCAGAAAACACAGAUCCUCUUUUGAGAAACAACUUUGAAAAUGAUGAUGAUGAUCUCCUUAAACUGUCAAUUGAUCAUGGAAUGAGACCAAACGAUGAGGUUAAAAAAGCCUGGACGACUCAAGACCAAGAAUAUGAAGAUUUUAUUCCUGCAGAAAGCAUGGAGUAUCAUCCCUGGUACACUAAUGCUCUUUGGCCCGUGGUUAUCGUAAUCAUUACAACGUUAAUGAUUUUGCUACUGACAGUGCAUAUUGCAAUUUAUUUGGCGAAACGACGUGGUCGUGGUCCCGUUAUUAGACCACCGAUGAUCCUUCGACAAGGUUUGAUCGACAACAAAAACUGCGGUUUAGUUUACAAACCCUUGCAAGAAGAAAUCGCUACACCACAUGUACCGAAAAGAGGAAGCUUUUAUUCCAGUAGUACAUUCCACUACGAUAAGAUCGUACCAGAAAGUGUUUAAAGAUCAUGGAUUCGAUUAAACAAGGGACACUUUAAAUGCGGCCAACAACUUUUGAACCUUAUGGGCCAGUAAACUGGUUUGGAGAAGUGACAUAUCAAAGUAAAAAGAAAAGAAUAAAAAUAACAAAUCAAUAAAAGUUUUUUAUGAAGGAGACUUACCAUUCCAAAUUUUAAAAACCAGCGAGGGUCACAUCUAUAAUGUCUCUUGUAAAUGACAGUCUAUGUAAUUCAGUUUUAUCCAUGUUUUAAGAUAAAUAAUAAAACUGAUAAAAAUAUAGAACGUAUGUGAAAGAAAAACUAAUAGAGUCUGUUUUUUCAUGGAAAAUUUGAUAGGCUUUUUUAUAAGAAUGUGGGCGUAAAAGAUACUUAAAUACAAAUAGUAAGUAUAAUGAUCAAUCAAUUGUUAAAUGUAGUUGUUUAAAAAAUUUAAUGGAUCAUGGCAAAGCACUUUUUUCCGAGUGCUUUGUAUAUUUUUAUAUGUGUAGGCUUAACAAAUUUUUGAUAAUGUUUUGAGGGUAAAUAUGGAAAUUGACAGAUUUUAUACAAAAUUUGUAUGUCAGUAUUCUGCUUUCUUAUUAAAAUAAUAAUAAUCAGUUCUUAUUGAAAAUUAAAAUAAAAUGAUAGUAAUUUAAUUUUAUCUGUACAUUUAAUUAUUAUUGCAUAACUACAAUAUAUUUGCUAUUUAAUACUUAUAGAUAUUAAUGAUAUCUAUUGUUCUAUAUUAAUAAUUGUAGUUGGAAUGUAGUAUUGGAUUAAAAAUGAAAUAUUCAAAAGAAAAUUGAUAAGUAUUAAUAAGAGCGAAAAUUGAAAACAGGGUUUUUAAAGGGCAACUUAUGUAAUCUUAUAUUUUGAAUUAAAAAAAAAGUUUAUUCAGUCACAGUAAUAUAUAGAAACUAUAAGACUCAUAACUAUUAAUUACAGUGACAGUAAUGUCAUGUGCCACGCUCGUUGAAGCCAUGAAAUUCACAUUACUUAUGACUAGGUAUUGUGCAUAGUACUAAGUAAACUAAUCUCUCGUAGUAUGAGUAGUACAUUAUUGUGUACUAUACAUUUAUGCUACAUGCUGUAAAUAAUGUAUACGUUUAAAUAAAUCUUUAAUUAGAAAAAAUAA